CGAUGCCUUAUGCGGCGCGUUCCCGUCCUAGAAUGCGCUUAGGUUAGGUUACCUAGUACCAACUACCUAACUUGAUGUCACCAGCACUUUUCUUCACUGAACAUCAAAAAUUCAACAUCACAUCAAAUAAUUAAAUCACUUUCAAAUUACCAACUUUUCAGCAGAACCAUUGAUACUUCCAUUCGGGUUGAUAUCCGAUAUCCGACGAGCAUGCGAAUGCCGUCGAUAUCAUCUUAGCUCGUCGAAUUCCGUCGAAUUGAGCUUGACACACACUACCUUGGCGGCCAAAACAAGAUGGAGGAUGCAAAUGGAACAUUAGUAGCUGCUGCUGCGCCGGCCAACGGCGAGCGGGAGGACCCGGGAGGAUUCAAACUGAAGUUCUGUACCGUCUGCGCCAGCAACCAGAACAGAUCGAUGGAAGCACAUCUUCGGUUAUCACAAGCUCACUACCCCGUCAUUUCUUUCGGUACAGGGUCUUUAGUUCGACUCCCUGGACCUUCCAUAACCCAGCCCAACGUCUAUCAAUUUAACAAGGUGUCAUACGACGCCAUGUACAAAGAACUCCACGAGAAAGAUCCUCGGUUAUAUACCGCUAACGGCCUGCUCAACAUGCUGGGCAGGAAUAGACAGGUGAAAUGGGGUCCGGAACGAUGGCAGGAUUGGCAGAUAGGCAUUCCCAGAACCGACCACGCUUCGGAUCGAGGAAGCGAAGGGACCGAAGGCGGUGUGGUAGAUGUAGUAAUCACCUGCGAGGAGAGGUGCUGGGAUGCCGUCAUCGACGACCUUCUGAAUAGAGGGUCGCCUCUAAACAGGCCCGUUCACGUUAUCAACGUCGAUAUCAAGGAUAACCACGAAGAGGCCUCUAUCGGUGGGCGAGGUAUUCUCGACCUUGCCGACUCGUUGAAUAAUGCAGCGAAGGAGGAGCGUGAGGCCGUAGGACCUGCUGCAUUUGAUAUGGCGAGUGCAGCCAGUAGAGCCUCUUUUGACGAACGUGUACCAGACAUCAUCGGAGAGUGGCAGGAGAGGUGGCCAAAUCUACCUGCGACAUGGACGUUGGCGUGGUUUUAGGAUGCAAGGCUAGAUGUUUUCUUUUUUUGCGGUGAUACCCCAGGAUUAGUGUUCUUUCUUUUCUUUUUAAAUGAGGACAGCUAUAACAGCUCUGCAGAGGAAUAUCCGGUUGUUUUUAAGGGUCUGCUAAGCGCGGUAUUUGGGAACGGCGAAUAUCGAUGUAUUAAUCAGUAAUAUAUCAUGGUUGCUUUAAUUCUCUGCAACUUUGCCAGUAAUAAUCCAGCUUCUAUAUUGCAAGACAAC